AUGGACAUUGAUGAUAUUCUCGCCUCGGUGGACCGCGGCCCAGGAGCCAGUCCCGAAUCCGCUGCCCUUGAUCACCAGCAAUUGACGCGAUUCUGGAUCGCCGAACGCGCCGUCUCUGAAGUUCUACCUUGGCCGGCGCCAUUGAUGGAGCGCAUGAUGGAUCGUGUGCGAUUACAGAUCGAAACCAUUGAAGACCUCGCCGCCUCAUCCGUCGACACCAACCCCUCACACAACAGUACCUCCCACAACCCCAACCUCAACCUCCGCCUCUCCAUCCUCCAAACCGACCUCGCCCGCACCCAAUACAUCAUCCGCUCCCUACUCCGCGCGCGUCUCGCUAAGCUCACCAAACACAGCAUGCACUACCUCGUCCAACUCGCCAGUCGCAACAAAAACCCUCUCUCGUCCGCCUCCCAAUCCCAAUCCCAGUCGCAAACACAAUCGUCGGCCUCAACCGCCAACGUCUCGCCCGAAGACUCGGUCCCGGAUAUUUCGGCGCUGACCGAUACAACGCCGCUCUCGGGACCGGAGACGAGCUUUGUCCAUGCGCAUCAGACGCUCUUGGCGGGUCAUUACGGGGCGUCGUUUCUGGGGGCGUUUCCGAGACAGUUGAGGAGGCUGGAUGAUAAUGCGGGCGGGACGAGUAUGGUGCAGGGGCCGGAGCUGAAGGAGGUGGUCUUUGUGAGGUGUUUGGCGGCGCAGGUGAAUUGUUUGAUGGAGGGGGAAGGGGAUGGGGUGGAUGGUGAGGAUGGGCUGGGCGAUGAGAUUGGGGUGACGAUGCGAAUGGGGGACGUUUGGGUGGUGAGGUGGGAUGGGGUGAGGAAGGCGUGGGAGAGGGGGAAGUGGAAUUGUUGUAAUGUGUGA